AUUUGACUGUUAGUUUGAAAUCUUGGGUCAUUGUUGCUAGACGUACAAUGGAAGCCACAUCGAUGAAGUUUGAAGAUUCAAAUACUUUAAUCUAUAUAUAAGCUUCAUGAGCAUGUUUUCGAUUACUGCUCUUAUCCUAAAAGUGAAAACACAUGAAUAAGUUAAUUACUACUGUUCUUACACUUCUUCUGCUCAGAUAUGGUGCGAUUAAUGAAGCCGCCGCAUCCAUAACCAAGCACUAUAUAGUGUAUAUGGGAGAUCAUUCGUACCCGGAUUCGAAUUCCGUUAUCACAUCAAACCAUGGUUUGCUUGCAUCAGUUACUGGAAGUAUUCGUCAAGCAAUUCACCAUUAUAGCAAGAGUUUUCGAGGGUUCUCGGCGAUUCUCACACCAGAACAAGCACAACAGCUUCGCGAUUCAGAAUCAGUUAUAUCAGUUUUUGAAAGUAGGAUUAGCAAACUCCAUACUACUCAUUCCUGGGAAUUUCUGGGAGUCGAUGCUAUUCCACAGUAUAACCAAUUCACGGAAAUUGAAUCCAAAUCCGACGUGAUCGUUGGCGUCCUAGAUUCCGGCAUUUGGCCCGAGUCAGAGAGCUUUAAUGAUAAAGGAUUAGGGCCUGUUCCCAAGAGAUUCAAGGGAGAAUGUGUUGCCGGUGAUCAGUUUACAGUCAAGAACUGCAACAGGAAAAUAAUUGGUGCUCGGUUCUACUCGAAAGGAUUUGAAGCAGAGUAUGGACGACUUCAGUCCUUCAACAGAACCAUUUUCCGGUCCGCUCGUGACAGUGAUGGCCAUGGAACUCACACCGCAUCCACGGUAGCAGGGUCAGUGGUUAAUAAUGUGAGCUUAUCUGGUAUGGCUAGUGGAACUGCGAGGGGAGGCAUGCCGAAUGCAAGACUUGCUAUAUACAAACCAUGUUGGUUUGUAGUUUGCAGCGACGCUGAUCUCCUUUUGGCUUUUGACGAUGCUAUUGACGACGGAGUCGAUAUAAUCUCUCUAUCUUUAGGCGCUGCGCCAACAAGUUUCUUCACAGACGUUUACUCAAUUGGUUCUUUCCAUGCAUUUAAGAAAGGAAUUCUUGUUUCUGCUGCUGGUGGAAAUGGAGGACUUCCUGGCACCGCAAUUCAUCCUGCUCCUUGGAUCCUAGCAGUUGCUGCUAGCACUAUUGAUCGAGACUUCUAUUCCAAUGUCCAUCUUGGCAAUUCGAAGAUUUUGAAGGGUUAUGCAAUAAACCCACUUGAGAUGGAUAACUAUUACGGGGUUAUAUCUGCGACUGAUGCUGCUGCUGCCGGUGUUCCAUUGAGGAAUGCAAGCUUUUGCUACAAGAACACUCUUGACCAUGUCUUGAUUAAGGGAAAGAUAGUGGUGUGUUUGGGAGAGGCAGUCACAAGCGAUAUCAGAAGUGACAAAGCCAUUGUUGUAAGAGAUGGCGGCGGUGUUGGGAUGAUUCUUAUUGACCCAACAAUUGGGAAUGAUUUCGGCUUUCAGUACGUCAUUCCAACUACUCUUCUUGAUCCAAAAGAAGCUGAGCUUCUUCAGGAAUAUAUGACCACAGAGAAGGAACCAACCGCAAGAAUUUACCCAACAAGAACGACAACUCUCAACACCAUUCGUGCACCCAAAAUGGCCGUGUUUUCUUCUAUAGGACCGAACAUUAUCACUCCUGACAUUAUCAAACCUGAUAUAACAGCACCUGGGGUAAACAUAUUGGCAGCAUGGUCUCCAGUUGGUAUUGAGUUCACUGGCGAUCGAUCCGUUGACUUCAACGUUCUUUCAGGGACUUCCAUGUCUUGCCCACAUGCUUCUGCAGUUGCCGCUAUCAUAAAGAGUCACCACCCUUCUUGGAGUCCAUCAGCUAUAAAAUCAGCAAUAAUGACAACAGCUACAGUGAUGGACAAUAGUUGGAGACCGAUAACAAAAAAUCCAAAUGGUACUCAAACCACACCAUUCGACUAUGGAUCAGGGCACAUAAAUCCUGUGGCAGCAGUUGAUCCUGGACUGGUAUAUGAUUUUGGAGUCAGUGACGUAAUAAAUUUCCUAUGUGGUACCGGCGCCAGCUCUGCACAAAUUCAAAAUCUCACCGAAACACCAUUAGUCACAUGUAACAAUCCACCAAUUCCAGCCUACGAUCUAAAUUACCCUUCAAUUAGUGUAGCUAAAAUGAACGGAAAUGUUUCAGUUCUACGAACAGCAACAUACUACGGUAAUGGCCCAACAGUUUUUAAAGCCGCUUUCAAGAAACCGCCUGGAGUGAGAGUUGUGGUGGAACCGCAUGAACUUAAGUUCCAAAAAUCUGGUGAAAAGAUGUCAUUCAGGGUUCAUCUAAUGCCUUACAAGAGUAGUAAUGGAAGUUUUGUGUUUGGUUCCAUGACUUGGAGCAAUGGUAUACACAAAGUUAAGAGUCCCAUUGGAGUAAAUGUGACUUCAAUCUAGUUAGUAGCUAAAGUUUUAAAUUCCAAAUACUACAUGUCUAUUUAGUAUUUAUAUUAAAUAACAAAUCUUGAUAUUUAACAAGACAAGGUACGAAUCUCA